UGUCAUAUCCAAUGCAUCAAAAACUGUUUAAACGCAUUUGCGUUUUCUGCCAUGUUUGAACUGGAUAUUUCAAGUAUGACACUGUCAAGAUGAGGAAAAGGUGUUACAACAUUUAAAUGACGAGAUAUUUAAAAGGAAAACAUAACAAGGAAAACAAAAAAGGGGUGUUGAAAAGCCACAGAUUUGACAAGGAAAUUAAACAAAUUGCAAAAAUUCUUCAACUUACUGGCUGUUGGAAUAUGGAACAAGAUUCUCUUUCCAUACUCAGGCGAUGGAUUGAUUAUAUAAAGGAAUUAAAAAGGGAAAAUGCUAGAAUAGAGACAAUAGAGAAAAGAAAUUUCCAGAUAGAUAAAUACUGCCAAGAAAUGAACAAACGGAUGGAGGUCUUGGAGAAGCAAUGGAAUCUCCUCUCGAAAGACGAAGAAACUAAGCAAGAAGGUCCUUGAGAGUUACCUUUCACAGUCACCUAAGAAAGCCUGUUAUUUCAGUUUCUUUAUUUCAUUAAAAAUGGAUUGAAACUUUACUUUUAA